UGAAUUCACUACUCAGUGACAGUGGGACCCAUCUCACGCGGAAAUUACUUUUUACCCUUCACUUGAUUCAAACGACUGUGAUUUUUACCCUCAAAUCCCCCAGCUGUUCAAAAUUAAACAAAAACCACCAAAUCUUCCCAAAAAAAAAAAAACUCAACUGGAUCACAGCGAAGCUCACCUUAAAUGGCGUCUCCGACACCGCCGAUCGCUCUUUUCGUGUCGCUUCUCUUCGUAAUCUCUUCUGUGGCGUCCGGAGACAAUACGAACCACGUGUACUCUCCGUGCGGCGACGCGACGGUGCAGAGGUCCGACGGCUUCACCUUCGGGAUCGCGUUCGCAUCGAGGCCGGCGUUCUUCUCCGGAAACUACCAGCUGUCUCCCUGUGACCACCGGCUGUCGCUCGCCACUGCCAACUCUCAGGUCGCCGUCUUCCGCCCUAAGGUCGACGAGAUCUCGCUGCUCACCGUCAACACCUCCAACUUCUUCCCGUGUAAAAUGUUAUUGACAAAAUCCUUAAAUGAAGAAAAGGUGGCAACUGCUUGCAAAAUCCCCAAAUCUAGAAAUAUUAGGUUGCAGCUUUAUGCAUAUGAAAAUAACAUUGCCGGGACACUGAAAUUGUGGUUGACCAGCAGUGAGGGUAAUUUCGCUGGUAAUAAAUCAAAGAAAGUUGGAAAUGUUUUUGCGGACAAGGACUCUUACGGAGGCUAUAUGGUGGCAUUUGCUGGCCGAAGAUAUGCUGCCCGAUCGAUUCCUGCCUUUGUUGCAAACAGUACAUUUAUAGUCACCAGUUUUACCUUGGUUCAAGAAUUUAGAAAAGGGAGGCUGCAAAACUUGUUCUGGAAAAGAGACGGUUGUGCUGCUUGCUCGGGCAGGUCGAAUUUCGUCUGCCUCAACAAUCAAGACUGCGCCAUCCGAUCCAGUAACUGCAGGAAUCAUGGUGGGUCCGUAGAUUGCAGCCUCGGGAUACAGCUGGCGUUUUCCGGAACUGACAAGCACGAGUCCGUUUUCAACUCGUGGUAUGAGGUUAAAAAUCUCCGCCAGUAUUCGCUCUACGGCCUUUAUUCCAAUCUCAGGGACUCUCUCACCAGCCAAUACAACAGAUUUUUCUAACUAAAAUCAUCUUCCUGGUAAUUCCCUGUUUCGAGUUUAUCUUACCAAGUUUCACCUUGUGUUGNUUAGGUACGAUGAUCUGAAGUUGAGUUCGGUUAAUUAUUCACUUUAUAUUUUUCACUGGAAGAAAAACGUGUAAGAAUCGUUCAAGAGUAUUCAGAUGAGGUUCUCUGUUACGUUUCGUCAUUUCGCUUUCAUCCCAUACUUGAACAUAUUA